ACAAUGCCAGAGCUGUCAGAAAACAAUGGGAUCAAGUGGAUGACCUCUCUGGAAGCAAAAUUUGAGGAUGCAAAAGAGAAAAAACCUACUGCAGAGAAGCUUGAACGACUGAGGAGAGAAAAGAUAAACCGAUUCAGGAACCAGCACAGGAUCAAUGUCCAGGGCACAGAUCUCCCUGACCCCAUUGCCACCUUUGAGCAGCUUCAGAAGGAGUACAACAUCCAUCCCAAAAUCAUGGAGAACAUCCAGGCUGCAGGAUUCCAGGUCCCCACUCCGAUCCAGAUGCAGGCGAUUCCCGUCAUGCUGCAUGGUCGGGAGCUUCUGGCUUCAGCUCCCACUGGGUCUGGAAAAACACUGGCAUUUUGUAUCCCUCUCCUAACACAUCUGAAGCAACCCAGGAACAAAGGAUUCCGAGCUCUGAUCAUAUCACCGACCCGAGAACUUGCCAGCCAGACCCACCGGGAGCUGGUGAAGCUGGCAGAGGGCACAGGCUUCAGAAUCCACAUGAUCCACAAGGCAGCUGAAGCAGCCAAGAAGUUUGGGCCCAAGUCUUCCAAGAAGUUUGAUAUACUGGUUACCACUCCCAACAGACUCAUUUACUUGCUGAAAGAGGAUCCUCCAGCAAUAGAUUUGAGCAGUGUGGAGUGGCUGGUGGUGGAUGAGUCAGACAAGCUGUUUGAGGAGGGGAAGUCGGGGUUCAGGGACCAGCUGGCCUCGGUGUUCCUGGCAUGCACAUCCCACCUGGUCAGAAGAGCCUUGUUCAGCGCAACCUUCGCGCAGGACGUGGAGGAGUGGUGCAAGCUCAACCUUGACAGCAUUGUCCUGGUCUCUGUGGGAGCAAGAAACUCUGCAGCAGAGACAGUAGAACAAGAGCUGCUGUUUGUUGGAUCUGAGACAGGAAAACUAACAGCAAUGAGAGAACUUGUUAAAAAGGGUUUUGCUCCUCCAGUUCUUGUUUUUGUCCAGUCUAUUGAGAGAGCUAAAGAGCUUUUCCAUGAGCUUAUUUAUGAAGGCAUCAAUGUGGAUGUGAUCCAUGCAGACAAGACUCAGCAGCAGAGGGAUAAGGUAGUGCACAGUUUCAGAGCUGGGAAGAUCUGGGUGCUCAUCUGCUCAGCCUUACUAGCUCGAGGGAUUGACUUCAAAGGAGUGAACAUGGUCAUCAAUUAUGACUUGCCAACGAGUGCAGUGGAAUACAUCCACAGGAUAGGUCGCACUGGCAGAGCAGGGCACAGAGGAAGAGCUGUCACCUUCUUCACAGAGGAUGACAAACCUUUGUUACGGAGCAUAGCCAACGUUAUCCAGCGUGCUGGCUGUCCUGUGCCAGACUACAUAAAACACUUGCCCAGGCUGCAAAGCAAACAAAAGAAGAAAUUCAUUAAGAAGCCUUUGACAAGAGAAUCCAUUUGUACCAUCCCAAAGUGCUUCAUGAAAAAAGGCAAGAGGAAAAUGAAAGCUACAAAGGAAAAUACUAAGGGAAAGAAGAAGGUUAAAGAACACAGCAAGGACAGUGAGUUACAGACUGUUUCAGAGAGCUGAAUUCAGACUCGUGGCCUGGGGCUGACACCUCUGUGCUGAAGAACAGAAGAAUGAAGGUGACAGCAGUGGUGAAGGGAGAAGAACAUUUCUCAAGUUUCCUUCUGGGGGAGGAUGGAGCUUCACAUGCAGGAAAGACUCUGCUGCAGUGCCAGAGAGGAUUCCUGGAUGCUUCUGACAGAAGCUGCAGCCUGUGCUCCUGCAGUGAAUGCCUUGUGUGUUACU